CCGGAAGUGGUCGCGCUCCGGGGUUCUGUGGGCGGAAGGCGGCUACGGGUUGGUGUCUGGGAGUGAGAGCGCCUUGCUAGGAUGAACGCCCCUCCGGCCUUCGAGUCGUUCUUGCUCUUCGAGGGCGAGAAGAAAAUCACCAUUAACAAGGACACCAAGGUGCCCAACGCUUGCUUGUUCACCAUCAACAAAGAAGACCACACUCUGGGGAACAUCAUUAAAUCGCAGCUGUUGAAGGACCCGCAGGUGCUGUUUGCCGGCUACAAAGUCCCUCACCCCUUGGAGCACAAGAUCAUCAUUCGUGUGCAGACCACCCCAGACUACAGCCCCCAGGAGGCUUUCACCAAUGCCAUCACAGACCUCAUCAGCGAGCUCUCCCUCCUGGAGGAGCGAUUCCGGGUGGCCAUCAAGGACAAGCAAGAAGGAAUUGAGUAGCAGCUGAAAGAAGCUCAGCGGCUGUAAGGCUGGUGCGUGCAUCUGCCCUUCUCCGUCCACCAUAAUGGCGACAGCCACUCUCAGCUCUCCAGCUGGGCACAGGACACUGUCCCAUUCUGUACAUAGACUGUUAUUUUCCUAAUAAAGUACAGCAAAAGAGGG